GGGCUUCCCGUGGCCUAAGUCAGAUCGCCGGGGAGAUGUCUGGAGGACGGCAGCCUCCGUACGCCCUACUUCUCUGGACUUGUUGCUUGGCGGCGGCCGAGGGGGGCAAGUUGUUGGUGAUUCCCCAUGACGGCAGCCACUGGCUCAGUAUGCACGGGGUCCUUCAGGAAAUGCACCAACGAGGACACGAGAUCGUGGUGGUCGCCCCUGCCGUGACGCUCCAUAUUAAGGAAGGGGCGUUUUAUAACCUCACGCGCUAUCCCGUGCCCUUCCAACAGGAAGAUUUGGAGGCCCACUUCCGUCAGAUGAAUCACGAAGUUUUCAAAAAAUUACCAUUUUGGAAAAGUUUUUUCAAAACACGGGAGAGAUUAAAAACCGCUGCAGCUUUUCUUCUGUCAAUCUGCUCUCACCUGGUUCACAACCAGGAGCUGAUGACUGAGCUUGGGGACGAGCACUUUGACGCCGUGUUCACCGACCCUUUCCUGCCGUGCGGCCCGAUCGUGGCCAAGUACCUCUCCCUGCCCGCCGUCUACUUUUUGCACGGACUGCCGUGCGGUCUGGACUUUGCUGCCACACAGGGCCCCUGCCCUCCGUCCUACGUUCCUCGGGGGUUCUCUCUGAACACCGAUCGCAUGACGUUUUUGCAGCGAGUUAAAAACAUGCUGAUCACUCUAGUCCAGGUUUUUCUUUGUGAUUUUGUGUACUCCCCGUACGUGCACCUGGCUUCUGAUCUCCUAAAGACAGAGGUGACUUUGAUGGAGCUCCUGAGCUAUGGAUCCAUUUGGCUUCUGAGAAGUGAUUUUGUAAAUGGGUACCCCAGGCCUAUCAUGCCCAAUGUGAUUUUCAUUGGGGGAAUCAACUGUGCUUAUACAAAACCGUUAUCUCAGGAAUUUGAAGGCUAUGUGAAUGCUUCCGGGGAACAUGGAAUUGUGGUCUUCUCCCUGGGCUCUAUGGUCUCAGAAAUCCCAAUGGCCAAAGCCAUGGAAAUCGCUGAAGCUUUGGGCACAAUACCUCAGACAGUAUUGUGGCGGUACACUGGAACACCACCAUCCAAUCUGGCCAAGAACACCAAGCUUGUGAAAUGGCUUCCGCAGAAUGAUCUACUUGGCCAUCCAAAGACCCGGGCAUUCAUCACUCAUGCCGGCUCUCAUGGGAUCUACGAAGGACUCUGUAACGGCGUGCCAAUGGUGUUGAUGCCUUUGUUUGGAGAUCAGAUGGAUAAUGCUAAACGCAUGGAGUCAAGAGGGGCAGGGGUGACCCUGAAUGUCCUCGAAAUGACAUCUGCCGAUCUCAGCAAGGCACUGAAGACCGUUAUCAAUGACAAAAGCUACAAGGAAAACAUCAUGCGUCUCUCGGCUCUUCACAAAGAUCGGCCAAUCAGUCCCCUCGACCUUGCUGUGUUCUGGGUGGAGUUCGUGAUGAGAAAUAAAGGGGCCCCACAUUUACGACCUGCUGCCCAUGACCUCAACUGGUUCCAAUACCAUUCCUUGGACGUCAUCGGUUUCCUCCUGGCUAUUGUGUUGACUGUUGUAUUCGUUGCUGUGAAAAGCUGCAUGUUUUGUUUCCGGAAAUGCUUUGGCAAAAAAGGAAAAGCUAAGAAAGCCCCCAAAUCUAAGUCUCAUUGAGCCACACAUUAAAAAUUAGGUGAAAUUUUAGUCCUCUGGAUGGAUUCUAAAAAUGUACCCCUAUGAAUUUCAUGAAUUACACAAGUACAAAGAUGUAUAUAUGCAUUCUCAUGUAUACGAGUCAGUUUCAAAUCAAUUUUUGAUAAAAAAAAAAUCUCAAUCUUAUUUUGUUGUUUAUGGAAAUAGGACCCGUAGAGCUUUAGAGUCUGAAGAUGAAUGUUUAGUCCAAUUACUUCAUCUUACAGCUUAGGAAACAGAAGUGGGAGGAGGGGAAAUUUGGGCUGAAGAUGAGUCUUAGAUGAGGCUUCUGAUAGUUGCCUUCUCACAUAGAGGAGUGAUUAGUUGCACUCUGCUUGACCUCAAAGGAUAGAAUCAAGAAUAAAGGGAUCUGGAGGAAUUACAUUUUAGGUCAGGGUCAGUAAAAUCUUCCUAAUGAUUGGAACUAUCCAACAGCAAGGGACUGCCUCAGGAAGAAGCAUUCACUGAGGCUUUCCAAGUCAGCCCUGAAUGAGCAGUGUCCAGAGCAUUGUAUAGAUACAACCUGAGAUCUUGGUCCAUAUACAAGGUAGAUUCGAUGACCAUUGAGGUCUUUUCCAACUCUCAGAUUCUAUGAUUCUAAGACCUUCUCCAGAAUCACAUGGCUAGUUUGCCCUGAACUGGAGCAGAAGCCAGGUCUUUCUCCCUCUCAAGACACAAUGAUUAGGAAAGUUAGGACAUAAAUGCAGAACUUGUUCUCCUCCAUUCUUCAGGAUUCUAGCUUCAAGGAUUUUGCUUAAUAAAACUGGAGAAGUCAAUUAUCCAUUUGGAGUCAUCAUUUUUUAACUGGAAAAUUCAUACUGCAUCCCUUUCAGGUGUCUUUCUAAUGAGUUGUGAGUGCUAAUCAUUUUUUGUAUUGUUAAUGCAUCCCUGCUUAUUGUAUUGUUAAUGCAUCCCUGCCACUUCCUCUCUAUUUCAGCUUCCAUUUCCUUGCAAAACACCUGGAUGCUGUUGGGUUUGGGCUCUUUCACUAAUAAUGCAUGAGAUCAAGAUUCAUGCCAUCCUUUUGAACACAGGAAAAUGGGCACAAAAUCCUCAUCAUGUUGGGAAUUAAUUAUACCAUGCCCCUUGAAGGAAAUGGGCUGUUUUUGCAUUGCAAGACCAAGAUAUAUCAGGGCAAAAAAAAUGCCAUGUGGCACUCCACUCGUCCAAAUGGAUCAGAAUGUUAUCAAUUAUCCAUGAACUAUUUAGCAAAUAUAUAGCUAUAUUUAUCAAAAAUGUAUAUAAUAUAUUUAGCAAAGUUCCAAGUUAUAUUGCUCAAAGCAAGACUAAAUAUAUGAAUAAAUCCCUUCUAAUGAUUUUUCUUGGA